AUGUUCGGGUCACAAAAUAACAAUAAUUAUAGACAUUACAUUACCCAUCAGAAACAAUGUUCUGUUAUUCCAAAAUAUAAAUUAGAUUUGUGUUUUCCAGAAGAAUCCCCACCAAGGCUCAUUGAAUUCAUGAAUGAUUUUUGGAAGGGUCUCCAAGAAUGGAAUUAUAAGAUAGAAUAUUCGACCAUCAUCAACCUCAGAGAGAGAUCUUCAGCACAUACAUUUUCAACAAUCGAUGAUGCCAGAAGGAGAUCCCUGAUUGCUCUAACAAUCGGUGUCAAAAAGGAGAUCUUUGAUUUCUCUAACAAUUGGUGUCAAAAAAAGAGAUCUUCAAUGGUGUCAACAAAUGAUUCUCUAAGAGGAAUAUUCAAGAUAUACGGUUUUAACAAUCGAUCUGGUCAAAGCUAUUCGAUGCAGACGGUUUUCGCACUUUUGUGGACUUUUCUAGGCUUCACGCGUACUAUUUUGUAUUGA